AUGACGGAACAGUCGUCCAAGAUCAAAUCACGUCGAAACACCCACGCAGAUUAUCUCAGCCCCCCCGAAAGUCCACCCGCCAAAGGCCUACCCGCCAAAAGUCUGCUCCCGAAAGUUUACCCCCAGAAAACGAAAUCAAUCGGUCAUUUUCGCUGGCUGAAGAUCUCCACACUCAACAUUCUCCGAGUCCAUGGAACAUUCAAAUUUCUGAUGAUGAAUCUCAAUUCAAAGAGAGUUCCAGUGAAAAAACAGCCAGUAGCCACAGGUAAUCCCAAGAGUUCUGAGAUACCAUUUGAAUUCCCCGAGUUCCUCUCAGCAGAGGACCAAGUUCAAGUUCUGAGAGCCCAGAAUGAAAAACAAAAACGCCAAAUGCCACUUCAAGGCAGUUCUUCCAGUGAUAUCGAUACGGUUUUGGAAGACUUUGAGGAGCAUGAGCAUGAUGCCCAUAGCCAUGACUAUGAACUUGAAGACUAUAACACUCAGAACGAUUCCGACGACGACGACAAUUUACUGUUCUGCAAACUGACAGAAUUUGCCGAGGAGUUACUUGAUCGCGACAUCGAGAAGGACGAACCGAUAGCUCAAGAGCUCGGACUUGAAGACACUGACAUUCACCAGGGAGCUGUUUCAGGAAACGUCCAAGAAGCGACUGUCCAAGAGUCGGCCUCCAAAUCGAAAAAGAAAUCACCGAAACGAAGAAAAAACGAGGCGAUCAAACAGUUCGAUCACAAGCCAAAAAGUGACCAGCAGGGACUCUGGAAGCUUAAAGGCCUGAACACAAGCCUCUUCCACCACCAGGUUCUGGCUGUGGGUUGGAUAACAGUCACGGCACUUGCUAAUAUCCUGGACGGCCGACGCCGGGAUGAAGAUGAGCGAAGGCCUCCCACCCUGAUCAUUGUUCCCUCACAGCUUGUUGAUCACUGGAUGCAACAAAUGAAACUCCUUUUCGAUCCUGGUGUUUUUGGUACCGUCUUCAAGUGGGACAAUCAAUCAAUCUCUGCCUUUGAAUUUAAUCUCGACAGCAUUCUUAUCUUUGAUGUGUUACUCGCCACAUUUGAGAAAAUCCGGAUAUCGUAUCCAAAUUCGAAGGUACCGAUUGAACAUCAAUCGGACGAGGUUAUCGAUAAAUAGGAACAUGUCAUCAAAAACCGAGACUUGCAAACAUCCAUGGCUGUGCGAGCUCUAGGCAGACAUUUCAAGUGGAUUCUCAGCUGGACUCCUCUACACAAGUAA